AUAAAAGGGUUUGCCAUAGGUGGUUCCACGCGCUCUAAAGGUGCGUCUAUGACUAGCAUUGCUAGUGUGAAAUCAUCCAAUAGAAAGUUUAUCUGUUGUUGGUGUUAUUGUUCCUGGGAACUAUAGAUUAUUUUGCAGAAAUGGAAAAUUAUGAAAAGAAUCUUCUUUUGUUUUUUGUUUGUGACAUCACAAAAAGGGCGGUAGGUUCCUGGUUGAGAAAGUUUACUGCAAUACAAUUCAACCAUGCAAACCUAACAGUGUUGAAUAAAAGCACUAACCCAAAAGCCAUUCACAAGAGAAUGAUAUAAUACAUGCCCAAAGUUCCAUGUCCUUUUGUUUUUCCUCACCACCUUCGUUCAUGCUCAUCUAGGCAUCGCCACCCAAGACCACCACCACCACCACCAUGCAUAUAAACCGGCUUUGCUUCAUUUUACCGGCUGAUUUCGAUGAAAUCGCCCCCUUAGACCACCCCAAAGCUGAUAAACCUGCCAUAAAGGAGGUUAGGAAACAUCCAUACCGGGAAUGUGGGAGUCAAGUUCUUGAUUUCAUUGGCGGGGCAUUGCGCCGGUUCUAUGACUCGAGAUGGGUUCAUUUUUGUCACCAUGAUGUGCCGAGAAAACAGCAACCCAGUGUGUUUCAUGACCUGGAAGGAGUUCAGAUGUCCGAGAAGGUCGGUGGAGAGAAUCCAAGGAUUUUUAGUUAUGCUGAGCUUUAUAUAGGUUCUAAUGGCUUUAGUGAAGAUGAAAUUCUUGGGAGUGGGGGUUUUGGCAAAGUGUAUAGAGCAGUUUUACCUAGUGACGGAACAGCGGUUGCGGUGAAAUGUUUGGCAGAGAAGGGGGAGAGGUUUGAGAAGACCUUUGCAGCUGAAUUGGUGGCUGUGGCUCAUCUACGCCAUAGAAAUCUUGUUCGGUUAAGGGGUUGGUGUGUACAUGAAGACCAGUUGCUCCUGGUUUAUGACUACAUGCCCAAUCGGAGCCUUGACAGAGUACUCUUUCGGAGGCCUGAAAACAUGGGCCCAGCUCCUUUAAACUGGGACCGCCGGAGGAAAAUUAUCGGAGGCCUUGCAGCUGCAUUAUUUUAUCUCCAUGAACAAUUGGAAACUCAGAUUAUACACAGGGAUGUAAAGACAAGCAACGUAAUGCUUGACUCCCACUAUAAUGCACGGCUCGGUGACUUUGGCUUGGCACGGUGGCUCGAACAUGAACUUGAGUACCAAGUCAAGACACCAGCAACAAAAAGGCAUCAGUUCCGUUUGGCGGACACAACCAGGAUUGGUGGCACAAUUGGGUAUCUGCCACCAGAGAGCUUCCAGAAGCGAAGUGUGGCUACAGCCAAAUCCGAUGUCUUCAGUUUUGGGAUUGUUGUGUUAGAGGUGGUUUCUGGGAGGCGCGCUGUGGAUCUUACAUUUCCAGAUGAGCAAAUCAUUUUGCUUGACUGGAUCCGUAGGCUGUCUGAUGAAGGCAGGCUUUUACAUGCAGGGGAUACUCGACUUACAGACGGGUCUUACAGGCUUGCUGAUAUGGAGCGGUUGCUUCACAUAGGACUCCUCUGCACACUGCAUAACCCGCUGUUGAGGCCUAAUAUGAAAUGGGUUGUGGAAGUGCUUUCUGGUAAUAUUUCUGGCAAACUGCCAGCUUUGCCAUCAUUCGAGUCCCACCCUCUAUACAUCUCCUUGUCAUCCCCUUCCAACACCAGCGGAAGCAAGAGCACCACCAGUAGCAGGUCCUCCACCACCACAAGCACCAACACGACAGUCACGUUUGCGUCAUCAAAUUAUGUCACUGCCUCUGAAGAAACUAUUUAUGCAACUGCUGAAUUUGGAAUCAAUUCUUCCAGCUUAUACCAUAACAGCUCUCGCCGACCAACAAACUUCUUUGUGGUUGAAACUCCAAGAGAAAUAUCCUUCAAGGAACUCAUUUCUGCCACCAACAAUUUCGCAGAAUCAAACAGAGUAGCAGAGCUCGACUUCGGAACUGCCUACCAAGGUUUCCUUAACAACCGUCAUCACAUUCUUGUGAAGAGACUUGGCAUGACUAAAUGCCCUGCAUUGCGAACACGGUUUUCAAGUGAACUCCAAAACUUAGCAAGGCUUCGCCAUCGUAAUCUGGUACAACUACGUGGAUGGUGCACUGAACAAGGAGAGAUGCUUGUUGUAUAUGAUUAUUCAGCCAAUCGACUGUUGAGUCACCUCCUAUUCCAUGACAAUAACAGAAUUGGCAGCUCUAUUUUGCGAUGGCAACACAGAUACAGCAUUAUCAAGUCCCUUGCUUCUGCCAUUCUUUAUCUUCAUGAGGAAUGGGAUGAACAAGUUAUCCAUAGAAAUAUUACCUCUUCAGCCAUCGUUCUCGAUUCCAAAAUGAACCCACGGCUUGGUAGUUUUGCUCUUGCUGAAUUCUUGACAAGAAAUGAUCACGGCCAUCAUGCAGCUACCAACAAGAACAAAUCAGUUCGUGGAAUUUUUGGUUACAUGUCACCAGAAUAUAUGGAAUCUGGAGAAGCAACCCCAAUGGCUGAUGUUUAUAGCUUUGGUGUGGUGGUGCUUGAGGUGGUUAGUGGACAUAUGGCAGCUGACUUUCGGCGGCCUGAGGUAUUAUUGGUAAAGCGGGUCCAUGACUUUGAGACACAAAGAAGGCCACUGGAGGAACUGGUUGAUAUUAGGUUGAAUGAGGAAUACAAUGAUAAAGAACUGUUGAGACUGACAAAACUAGGAAUUGCCUGCACACGCUCUGACCCAGAAUUAAGGCCUACCAUGAGGAAGAUUGUGAGCAUUCUUGAUGGGAAUGACAAAAUCUUCAUGGAAGAAGGUCAAAGAAAGGAGGGUAGGGAAGAAUGGAAACAGAGAAAUGCUUCUUCUUUGUCAUUGGUUAAGGGAAUCCAUGCUCUGGGAAUACAUUAAAACUCACCAAAGGAGAGGCGAGUUGUUAGCACAUAUGUUUUGCAUUACAAUUUUCUUUUUCAAUUAUUGUAUACUACUGAAGGAUGUGUAUAACAAGAGAGAAGAGUGCUUUUUGUUGUAUCUAUCUGGACAACUUUUGUGAAAAUGUAGUGUAGUAUAACACCAGUUAACCUUAACAGUUUCUUGCCAUA